UACUUUAAAACUGCAUAAUCCACUUUGAUAUCUUGCAUCACAUACUCCUUUGUCCAUCCAAAACAUUUCAAAAGAUAACAGAUAAAGAAAAAUAAUGGAGACUGAAGCAGUGAGAAGAAGAAUGAACAUGAUUGCUGCCCACUUUGCCCCUUCUGAAGAUAUGUCUCCCACUCACCUCCUUCCCAUGAACUGCAGCAGCAGUUUGAAUUUUGUCAUGCCAAGGUAUGAUAAUAGAAUGUAUUUCGCACGUCAAGGUUCUGCUUCUCAAGCUUUCUUUAUGAGACAAGUUUCAACUGAACAGUUGAGCCAGCAGGGCAGCCCAGAAAAGCCAGGAAUUCCCUUCAAUUGUUCUGCCUCAGAAGCACCAUUUUAUUCUAGGCCAACAAAGAUGGGGCAAAACUUGUCAAAUGCUGAACCAAUCCAGUCUCCAGCUAAAGCUUGCAAGUCAUUUGUGUCCAGUGACCUUCCAAAUUUUGCAAGACCAAGUACAUGUAUUGGCAGAAAGAAGCAAUCUGAUUCCAAGAAGAAAAUAUGUUCCCCAUCACAGACUAAUGGAAUUGAGUGGUCACCAAGGAUGGAUGUUGCAGAAUCUGGACGCAGUUAUGUUGUGACAGUCGAACUUCCAGGAGUUAAUGUCAAUGACAUCAGAGUGGAGGUCAAUGACCAAAAUUUAACAAUAAUGGGGAAACGCUCCACUCAGAGCUGGUCCAACGAUUCAAUCUCAGCAUAUCAUAAGAGAGAGAUUUUACAAGGGCCUUAUCAGGUUGUGUGGCCACUUCCCUCCAAUAUCAACAAGGACAGGAUCUCUGCUGAGUUUCUGGAUGGGAUUUUAGAGAUCAUUAUUCCUAAAGUAUGAGGAUUCACUGCAUACACUACUACUUCACUGUGCCUGCAGGGUAAAUUAUACUGAUUUGUACCAUAAAAAUCUCAUUGUGUAUAUGUACUCAUCAUAUACUGAUAUAAUUAAAUAACUAGUAAUUUAUCUGAACUAAAA